AUGUCAAAAGCUCCAGAUGAUCAGUUGCAAGCAACAGAGCAGGAAGGAAGUGUCCAUCCAAGUCAACAAGCAGGGCAACAACAUGUGAAUACACCAGAUCAGAUCUCCAAAACAGAACUAACUGAAGGGUCAAAAAAUGAACAACCUGUCCAAGUAGAGCAACAGAAUUCCCACCUGCAACAAGCACAUCCAGAAAUUCAACUACAACAGGCUGAAACAAAUAGCUUCCAGUUAGCUGAAAAAGAAACCGGGUAUUUUGGUCAACAGAGUUUUGCAGGUGCCAAGGUGGAUGUAGCCCAGCCUUCAGUAGUUCAGCAGAAUGUAAAGCAAACUGUUGGUCAACAAGCAUCAUCUGGUGCUCAGGAUACAAGGAAAGGACCAUCGAUACCAUUUAAUAUGUUAAUUCCAAUCCUACAGGCACAUCUUGACAGAGACAAAGAUAUGCAGCUUCAAGUUGUAUGGGCAAAACUUAGGCGUAAUGAAGUCCACAAAGAUGAUUUCUUAAGAGUUAUCAGGAAUAUUGUUGGGGAUCAAAUGCUCAAGCAGGCAGCUCAUAAAGUUUUUGUACAGAUGCAAGCACAGGCGCAAAGAAAUAGCCAGGCAAAUCCAAGUCAGCAGUCUUUAUUCUCUCAAGUUUCUUCACAGCAGAUGCCUUCCAGUGGUUCAGCACAGUUACAUGAUCAGAAACUUCGGCCACCUGGACCACCCAACCAAGGUCAGAAAAACCAGGUGUCAUCUUCACCUCAGGCUUUUGCACCACCGUCAGGCACUCAAACACAGAAUAGUGUACACUAUCUUGCUCAUGAUAACUCUAACCAAAACCCUGACGCAAAGGGAACAAAUGCUGUACCAAAUCAACCACCUAGAAUGGACACAGCAGUUCCAUUGCAAGCAAAGAACAAACAACAUCAACCAACGCAGUUGCAGCAGGCCUCGCAGCAAAUAUAUGGAGCAAGUAAUCCCGGUGCCCAGGCUUACCCUCGGUCAAUCACUGGUUCUCUUCGAUCACCGAGUCCUGUUCCAGAAACACAGCCAUCCAUGCAUGCUCCUGGAAUGGCUCCUGCAAAAAUCGUCCCUCCUCCUACUCAUCCAAUGAUGCAGCACAAUGAAGUUGCAUGGCAAAUGCAUCAAAACAAGGAAUUGAAAACUAAUGCUCCCCCUCCAAAUGCUAAUGCGAAGCAAAAUUCUGAAUCUGUUGGCAAAGCACGCAUGGCUGGCACAGGAAAUUCUUCAGCUAAGGGAAAGCAGGGAACUCCUAACUCUACACCCAAUGCUAGUGGAGGUGCAAAGAGUAGCAAGAAAUCGGGUGGGCAGAAGAAAUCAUUGGAAGCAGCAGGCUCUAUGCAACCUUCAAGCAAAAGGCAGAAGACAUCUGGAGCCUUCCAGGAACAAAGCAUCGAUCAACUUAAUGAUGUCACAGCCGUUAGUGGUGUUAAUAUCAGGGAAGAGGAAGAGCAAUUACUGUCUGCCCCUAAGGAAGAGAACCUUGCCUCACAAGAAGCACGAAGAAUUGCACAGGAAGAAGAAGAAAAUCUUUUCCUAAGGAAGGGUCCACUCCUGAAGAAACUAGCAGAAAUCGCUCGGAAAUGCGAUCUGAAGAAUAUUAGUGGCGAUGUGGAACACUGUUUAUCACUGGCUGAUGGCAGUGGUGCUACAGAAUUGGAAAAAGAAAAAGAGGAAAGUCGCCCAAAGAACGUCAAGCCCAACAAGGAAGAAGAUGAUAAAAUGAGAACGAAUGCUGCGAAUGUUGCUGCUCGGCAAGCAGUUGGAGGAAGUGAUAUGCUCUCCAAGUGGCAGUUGAUGGCUGAGCAAGCCAGGCAGAAGCGAGAAGGCUUUGAUGUGUCUGCUGCUUCACAGCCAGGCAGAGGACCAGGUUCCAGGCCAUUAUCCAAAUUUGGAAAAGGUCCCGGCGAACACCAGGAAGGUUCAAAGAGGAGCCAUUCGGUGGCAUUCGGAACUGGAGGCAUGAAAAGACCAGGCAGGGCACCGUUUGCUGGUCCACAACGAAUGAUCUCCGUGAAGGAUGUCAUCUGUGCCCUUGAGAGGGAGCCUCAGAUGACAAAAUCACGGCUUAUCUACCGGCUGCACGAGCGGUUGCCAGAUUCUACCAUAGAUUAG